CACCGUCCUAGGAAAGCCACCCGACUCGCUGACUACUCUAACCAUCACUGCCAUAUCCUCUUCCCGAUGUGAAACCAUUCGAUGAUUGAUAGUCGAUAAUAUAUUCUGUAUGGUGACAGCAGACUGAUGGUCAUAUGACGAGGAUCCUACCCCACACAAAGGUUGAUCCGCCAAAGCCGUCUUUCGAGCGCAGUUCACCUGAACACAUGCCCCCUUCUAGAGCGGGACACCGCCUCACACAGUCGUAGUCAUGGGAUGCUCUGAUUGCUUGAGGAUAUUCAAACCCAAGAGGGCCGGGCCUAAAGUGCAUAGGGAGAAGAAGAAACCCGAAGAAGGGCCUACCUCAUCUGCCACAGCACUGCCCCCCUCGUCCGAAGUCGAUCUCCAAACCGAAACUUGCCAAACAGGUCACUCGAGUAUUUUGCAACCUACUUCAGACAUUGAAUCAAAUGAUAAAGAUGCAUCAACCAGCAUCGAUGAGUCAAUCAGCCCUCCGCCCCCACCGAAAAGCGAAGCAAGGGAAAACGACCCAGUCCGCGAAUAUCCCGAUGAUACCGGCUCUGAAGAUCUAUGGCAAAAAAGCUUUGAUACUUUGUCAGAAGAAGAACAAGAUCUACUCAGAGAGCUUCUAGAUGGAAAGCCGGCCGCGACCGCGUCGGACACAGGGGCCACCGCACCCUUUAGCUCUAGUGACACGAACGCCCAGGAGAUCAUUGAAAUCACUCGGGAGAGACAGAAGCAGUGGGAAAGCCGAACAUACCAAAUCAAGAUUCACGGGCACAAGAUCGUCCCCCGGAAAUACACGGGGCGCAUCAUCGACUGCCUGACCACGGUCGGCGAUAUCGGGGUUCAAUUCCUGCCCCAGCCAGCAAGCAUAGUCUGGCCCGUGGUGAAAGGCGUCAUGCAGGUUCCGGUCAAUGCAGAGGCCGAAACGGCCGCUGCGAUCAUGACGGCAGACAUUCUGAUUCGAAUCAUCACUUACAGGAAAGUAUACGAGGAAACUUAUCGCGGAAAGCUCGAGUCCAAGCUGUGGGGCUUGCUCCAGUCGGCUCUCGUCAAUCUAUACGUCGCAGCAUUGGAGUUGGUGGCAUUUGCCCUAAAGCAGUUCUCGCAGCAUACCGCUUGGCAGCUGGUUCGAGCCCUCCUGAGCCCUCAGGCGGAUCAGAGCCAGGUUUCGGGUCUGCGGAGUCGGCAGUCUGAGCUGAUUGAGGCUGUUGAUUCGUGUCAGAGUAAAGUUGCCAGCCAAAUGAGCGAUGGUAUUCUUAACCUACUCAAGAAGAUUCGCGAAGCUUGACGAUGGAGUUGAGGUAAAUGAGGAAUGGUUGAGAUCGGCUCCUUGGGGACGCAGAAACGAAUCUCAAGUGGCAGAAGAUAAAGAGGAGGUGAUGAGGCUUUUGGUGGAGAGACAGGGCAAGACACUUCACUCAGAAGAGCCCGUUUAGUUUCAGUAUGCUGUCUGAUUAUUCUAAA